UUAAUGGGUUCAAUAGAUUUAUCAGCACCUGAAGAGCAAGAAGUUCUAAGACCUAAAGAUGCAGCUGAACAGUCACAAGCGCUUUUCCACAGGCCCGUGGUGUCGGUGCUGCGCUGCUCUGAGGUGUCACAGGAGCACUGCUGCCAGAAAUGUGGUUUUUUCUGUUUUGUUGAUGUCUGUGAGUCUGAGAGCUACACUCUCCGGCAACUUUAAGUUUUGAUUUUGGACUUUCCAGAGGUUGUUUCUUUCUCUUACCAAGGGAAAGCCUGGUUUCCUCACACAGAAUUUAACCUUUUUAUUGACUUUGUUCCAUUUUCUUCAGCUCAGCAAGGCUCCUUCUUCGCAUGGGGAAGGAUUGUGGGAUUUCCCCAUCAUAAUGAUCACCAGGUUCUUGGACUACUUCUACUUUUUCUUUUAUCUCAACCUCACGGGCAGCAGCAGCCCCAUUAAUUGCAGCUGCCAAAGCAAUCACCAUGCCGCUGCCAGGACAUUACCCAGCACCCGAUCAGGUCUCAUUCCGGCCUGGCCCCCUCCGUGCCGUGAGGCCGCGCCUUCACCGCCCCGCCGGGAGCGCCGAGCCCCGGCCCGGCCCCCGCCCGGGUGCGGCGGAACGGGGCAGCCGCAGCACGGCCGCCGCGCCGGCGGAGCGCCCAGGCUGCUGCACCGCGCGCCGGAAGGAGCUCGCUCGCCAUGCCAAAGUUACGAAAACCUCAAGGAGGGAAGCAAGAGAAAAAAGUUAUCCAUCCCUACAGCAGAAAAGCUGCACAGCUUGCAAGGGAAGUACACAAACAGGAAAAGAAAGAAAAGAGAAAAACUGCAAUGGUUUCAAAGUCACCUUGAUCCCAGUAAAAUCGAGUACACAAAGAAGGAAGCUGGUGAACUAAUUGAAAAUUAUAUGUGUCGAUUUAAUGCUGAAUUGGAGCAGAUUGAAUUACAAAACAGUAUUAAAGGCAGACAAGGAAGACAGCAUGGUUCACGGGAAACUGUCAUCAAGCAGACAAUAGAACGUGAAAGACAACUCUAUGAGGGCUAUGGAAUAGAGAAUGGGAUGGUGAUCUGAGGAAACUGCCAAACAUCAAAAUGAAAAAGCUCUCUGCUAGGGAUGCUGCCUGCAGUCUCCCUGAGGUGACAGAUGCAGAAGCAAAAGAAGAUUUGAAUGAAGAAGAGGUGGGCGCUG